CAAUAAAGAGGACCCGAGACUAAUAGUGUGCAGUUCAGAAUUAAUUUCGAAGGCGUGAGUGCCAAUGCUAGUGAAUUGAGCUUCAGUUAUGGAAAAGAAUCAUACAGCAGGUGACAGUGAGACUGUUUUCAGUCCACAGUCAUGGAAGGAGAAAGGUAAUAUAGCUUUUAAAGACGGUGAUUGGGAUGAAGCGUACAAAUGUUACACCAGAGCUAUUAAGCAGACAAAAGAAGAUUCAGCAGAAAAAGCAGUGUAUUACAAAAACCGAGCAGCAGUACAGCUCAAGAGAAACAAAUACAGUGAAGCCUGCAGUGACUGUACUUCCGCACUUGAAAUAGUAGCCAGUGAUCCAAAGGCAUUGUUCAGACGAUGUCAGGCCCUUGAAGCACUAGAGAAAUUUGAGGAAGCGUACCGUGAUGCCAGGCAAAUCCACACUGUUGAUCCUGGGAACAAGGCUGUUCAACCAAUUCUGGAAAGACUCCAUCAGAUUGUUCAGGACCGCAUGCAACAGAAUGCACAGUCAACUAACAAAGUGGCACAAAUGUGUAAGUAUGCAUUUGAUAUGGGAGAGGAGAAAGAAAAACGGGUUACUGCUACGAACAACUUGCUGGUGCUGGCACGUGAGAAGGCAGGUGCUGAAAUUAUGUAUAAUAGUGGUAUUGUACAGAAAAUCAGUAGUCUACUCAAAGUUGAGAAGGAUAAGGAAAUAUUUUUGAGUGGUGUGAGAAUAGUGGGUGAACUGUGUAAGAACAGUGUAGAGAGGACAAAAGGUGUGCUUCAGGAAGUUGGUGUACCAUGGUUCCUAGAUAUUCUGAAUUGCAGGGAGGAAGUGCAAGUGAAUGCAGCUCAGUAUUGUAUGCAAACCAUUCUCAAUAGUCUAAGUGGAAUGGAAAACAAACCAGACUCUAUGCCCAAGCCAGAGCUUUGUGCAGAGAACAAAAAGGAAAUAGACACCUUGCUCACUUGCUUUGUAUAUGCAACAACCAGUCGUACUAUCUCAGGAUUGGCUCGGGAUGCUCUCAUGGAACUCAUAACUCGCAAUAUUCACUAUUCUGCAUUGAACUGGGCUGAGCGUCUGAUUGAAAUCCGUGGCUUGCACCGGCUCAUGGAGGUUGCCAGUGAGUUAGAAGAAUACAAAUAUGAGUCUGCUAUGGAAAUCACACCAUCUACACGAACUAUUUCAUCAGUUUGCCUUGCCCGUAUCUAUGAGAAUAUGUACUAUGACCAGGCCCGUACACGAUUCCUCAACAGUGUGGAUGAUUACAUUAAAGAUAAGCUCAUGUCACCAUGCAUAGAGUCAAAGGUGCGUGUAGUGGUAGCACUGACAACUCUUCUGUUAGGACCACUUGAAGUGGGAAAUACGAUUGUAUCUCGGGAGGGAAUUUUGGAAAUGAUUCUUGUUAUGGCUGGUACAGACGAUGUUCUGCAACAAAAGGUAGCCUGUGAGUGUAUAAUUGCAAUAGCUUCCAAAAAAGAUAAAGUGCGUGGCAUCAUUAGUCAUGGUGUUGACAUCUUAAAAAAACUUUAUCAAUCUAAGAAUGACAGUAUUCGUGUUCGGGCUCUGGUUGGUUUAUGUAAGCUCGGCAGUAGCGGAGGCACUGAUGCUUCCAUACGCCCAUUUGCUGAUGGUUCUACAAGUAAGUUGGCUGAAGCUUGUCGUAGAUUCUUGACUAACCCUGCCAAGGACCGUGAUAUGCGACGUUGGGCUGUGGAGGGUCUUUCAUAUCUUACCUUGGAUGCUGAAGUAAAGGAGAAGCUGGUAGAAGACAAAGAUGCUCUUCGUGCUAUGAUUGAACUAGCCAAGACUGGCGAUCAGUCUGUAGUGUAUGGAUGUGUAACAACACUUGUUAACUUGGCCAAUGCUUACGAAAAACAGGAAGUGAUCCCAGAGAUGGUAGAGCUUGCAAAAUUUGCAAAACACCAUAUCCCAGAAGAACAUGAACUAGAUGAUCCAGAUUUUGUAACUAAGAGACUUGAGAUUCUGGCAAAGGAGGGCGUUACAAGUGCAUUAGUGGUUCUGUCUAAAACUGACAGUCAGAAUACAAAGGAACUGAUUUCCAGAGUGUUUAAUGCAAUAUGCUGUCAGAAGGAGUUGAGGGGAUUGGUGGUACAACAGGGUGGAGCAAAGGUGUUACUUCCGAUGGCUUUGGACGGAACUGAGAAGGGGAAGAAGCAAGCUGCACAGGGUCUUGCACGUAUUGGGAUUACCAUUAAUCCUGAGGUUGCGUUUCCUGGACAACGAAGUGCUGAAGUUAUACGUCCACUUCUGUCUCUACUGUCACUAGAUUGUAGUGCCCUAGAGAAUUUUGAAGCUCUUAUGGCACUGUGCAACUUAGCAGGGGUCAAUGAAACCAUCAGAAAAAGAAUAGUUAAGGAAGGUGGUGUAUCCAAAAUAGAAACUUACAUGUAUGAACAACAUGAAAUGUUAAGAAGGGCUGCCACACAGGUGAUGACUAACCUUAUCAUGUCUCCUGAGGUUGUGAAAUCGUAUGAAGGGAACAAUGAUCGUACAAAACUUCUGGUUCUCUUAUGCAGUGAAGAGGAUGAGGAAACAAGUAUGGCUGCAGCUGGUGCCCUUGCCAUUCUCACUUCUACUAGCAAAAAGGCAUGUGAGAAAGUGUUUCAACCAGAAAGCUGGUUAGAUAUUUUACAUCAGCUGCUGGCAAAUCCUUCUAAAGACCUGCAGCACAGAGGAGUUGUAAUUGUUUACAACAUGAUGCGUAGCUGCAAGGAUGUUGCAGAGAAGCUCAUUGCCACAGACAUCAUGGAGAUCCUCAUGGCUCUUUCCACCAUUCAGGAGGAAGAUAAAGAGAAAAUACGAGAAUAUGCUGGAGAAGCACUGAAGGCAGCAGAAGAGUGGAAGCUCAUCAAAAAGCCAGGUGAAGAAGAAGAAGAGGCAGAAUAGUAGAUUUGAAGUAUUGGAGUAUUAACAAUGAAACAGUUCUUUUAUAUUAAUUUACCGCUUGCUGUAACAUUUUAUUUUCACGAAUCAACAUGAGAGUAUUAUGCUGUAAAUAUUCUAGAUCUCAACCAAGAAGUGUUCACCCAAUAUGUCAAAAGGAAGGUGCAAUGCCUUCACUUCAGUGUCUGCUUUNCCCCCCCCACCCCUCAACUGUUAUGUUACUUACCACCUAAGUAUCAGAAUCCAUAUCUAGGACUUAAAAGCCACAUCUUUUGAAACUGCUACAGUUUUUAAAAAAUCUUAGGUUGGUCAUAUUUAAAACUGAUGCCUUGUUCAUAAUUUUAUAGUUUGCCACACAUACGUGGCAUUACAGUCAGAAGUCUUUUUUUUUUCAUUGUGAUAUUGUGAUGAAUAAAUGUAGAUUAACCACAAAGAAAUGCAGAAUACAUGCAAUUACAUUUGCAUCUUCACAAAAACUGUGUUAAAUCUGGUGAAAAUCUAAUGUUUAGCAUCCUGCGAUGGACGUAAAACUUCUUGUAUUCAAGCAAGAUAUAUUCACCCACAAUAUGGACUCAGAAUGUAGAGUCUUACAUAAGGGGCAUGACCCCAUCAUAUGGUACAGAGUUGGUAUCCUUAUAACCUAGGGCUAUUUGGUGUAGGGUCACUUGUUGUGACAUUUAAAUUUACUGUAACCUGGUAGUGUGAGACCAUUUCAGCUUUCAUUUGUUGUAAUACUUUCUAAUAUAUUAAGAAAUAACAAGUCUCAGUGUAUAUUUCUGGCAUUUACAGUGGAACUGUCUUAAAAUAUUUUUUAAAAGAAAAAUCAAGCUUAUGAACCAGAACACUUCCUGAAAGAAGAUUAUAUAAAAUGUAUAAGGACUUUUUUCAUUUGCUUUGAGGUUCACUUCACUGAUGUCAUAAUAAAACCAUUAAUGAGUUUAUUACAGUUGGAGUUCAUCAGUGACAUUGAAUACCUAUUACAUGUUAUCUAUUGUACAUUGUUAUGACUAGACAAUAAGUGUUUUUAUAAAGGCAGAACUGUA